GACUCAGAAUUCGCUGAUUUUAUUGUAGAACUUUUCCAGGUCAAUAAUGAAACGAUUGAGAACGGGACUGUUUAGUUUUCCACCUUAUAAAGAUGGUUUACAGGUUCAGACCUGUAUAAAGCAUUUAACCACAUCUACACCAAAACAGAAGCAAGAAUCUCCAAAAGCUAGGAGAAAAGUUGAAGGAUCUGGGAAAAGAUGGCUCUCCUAUCAACCUGAGGGAGGUUUAGGAGAAGCAAAUAGUUCAUCCCCAUCUGCAAUUAGAGAGCGCAACAAAGCUGUGAGUUCCUAUUAUAACCAGGAUAGUAUAGAUACUGCUGCACAGAAGCCGUCUGUUCGUUUAACCCCCUCCACUAUCAUGUACUCCAGUAGAUCUAGUGAUAAACAUACUGAUGCUUUGGUGAGUUUCCAACAUUAUAAACAAGAAAACUUAAUUGUUUUCAAAUGUUUUUCAUUCAGUUUUUUCUUUUUAAAAAAUUUGUACCAUAUUUUUAGAAUUGCUGGUUUCCGUUCUCUUCCUUUCAUUAUUGGCUGUAAUCCUACAAUUCUCAGUGUGCAUGAGUUGUACAUAAGAGCUUUCCAUAUCCUGAAUGAUUUGCCCGAGAUGCAUACAGACAGGGAGAUAAAUAAUUUUAAUAAAGUUCUGAGAGCGCUGCUGGACGAUCAUAAAGAAGUUGUAAGUCAGUUAGCUCAAGGGUUCAAGGAAUCCAGAAAACAUGUACAGGAUGAUAAUGUUGUGGCAGGAUUCCUAGACCGAACUCUAACAUCUCGUCUUGGUAUAAGAAUGCUGGUUCAUCAUCAUCUUCUUCUACAGGAUUCAAGGGCAGCACAUAUUGGAAUGAUAAACCUGAAUAUGAACCUGCGGGAGCUAACUUCACGCUGGUCAGCUUUUGUUACAGAGAUCGCAGUCGACAAGUAUGGGCACGCACCUCAGAUAAAGAUAUCUGGGCACAGUCCCUUGUUCCCGUAUAUAGAGAUGCCCCUGGACUAUAUUCUUCCUGAACUACUGAAGAAUGCAGUUAGAGCUGUUAUAGAAUUUAAUCCUGGAUUGAGUGGGAAGAGUUUGCCUCCUAUUCAUAUCACCUUGGCGAGCAACAAUACAGAUUUUAUUAUUAGGAUAUCUGACAGGGGUGGCGGAAUACCUCAUGCCAAAUUAGCCAGCGUCAUGAGGUACAACUUCACCACGGCCGAGGAGAGUACAGAGGAGACCUUGAACAAUCAGGGGAUAUUUGCAAACAUGAUGGAGGAGGUCAAUAGAACUACAUCAGGACCUAUGCAUGGAUUUGGGUUUGGUUUGCCAACUAGUUCAGCGUAUGCCCAGUAUCUGGGAGGUAGCCUAGAGAUCCAAAGUCUACAAGGAUACGGAACAGACGUUUUCCUUCGUCUAAAACACCUGGAGUCAGAGAACAGAGAGCUGAGAAUAUAAAUCUGUUAAUGUUAAACACUAUUUACUAAUUGUGUAGUUGUCUAUGAUAUCUUAGUAAAGGGUUUCUCCAGAUCA